ACCACCAUGGCCCUACCCGCCUGUGCCCUAGGCCUGCUGGCGCUCACCACCCUCACCUCCGCCUGCUACUUCCAGAACUGCCCGCGGGGCGGCAAGAGGUCCAUCUCCGACCUGGAGCUGAGACAGUGCCUGCCCUGCGGCCCCGGCGGCAAGGGCCGCUGCUUCGGGCCCAGCAUCUGCUGCGGGGACGAGCUGGGCUGCUUCGUGGGCACGGCCGAGGCGCUGCGCUGCCAGGAGGAGUCUUUCCUGCCGUCCCCCUGCCAGUCGGGCCAGAAGCCGUGCGGGAGCGGGGGCCGCUGCGCCGCCGCCGGCAUCUGCUGCAACGAAGAGAGCUGCGUGACGACGCCCGAGUGCGGGGAGGACGCGGACCCCCAGCGCCGCGCGCGCCCCGCCGAGAGGAGCAACGCGACUGGGCUGGACGGGCCGGCCGGGGCGCUGCUGCUGCGCCUGGUACAGCUGGUGGCGCCCCGCCAGCCCGCGCUGCCCGGAGACUACUGAGCCGGCACCGCCCGCGACACCAGGAACCCCAGAACCCCAGAACCCACUGCCCCAAUAAAC